UCUUUAGUACUUGAUUACAUGCAUGAGCUAGAUUAGAUAUUUAGCAUAACUUAGUAUACUAUUUUUAUUAACUAUAAUACUGCCAUAACUGCAGGAUGAAUCUAUUCUAGAUCUAGUGGCCUAUACUAUUUUAAUUGCUAAAUAAUAAAUAAAUAAUAGAGGGCCUACUAAAACUAGGCCAAAGUCUUAGAAUUAGAAUAGUUGACCAAAGUCAACUUCAUGGCUAAGAAGAUUUAACAAAGUAGCUAGAGAUCUAGACCUAUUCAAUUUGAUUUUAUUUUUCAUUCUUGGCACAAGGAAGAAUAUCAAAAUGGACCAGGAAUCUGUUGAUGAUGAUAAUAUUGACACCAUAGUCAAAGAGGUUGACGAAGGUGAAGAUGAAAUGGAGGAAACCUCAGGAGAGGAGGAAGAAGACUCUUUACAGAAAGCUAAACAAGCAAUUACUUGCCGUAGUGUUACUUUAACCACAUUGAUGGAUGAUGGGAUUAUAAAACCAGGAGAAGGUGUUUUAUCAAUAGAUUAUUUGGGUCAGAGAUUUGAAGCAGACUUGUUGGAAAAUGGAAAAAUUAAAUGGCCCCAAGGAUCUCAAGAAGAGUUUAACACUCCAAGUGCAUGGGCUCUACACUGUAAAAGAUUAGUCAAUCCAAUAAAAAGGUCUGGCUGUGGAUGGGCAUCAGUCAAGUAUAAGAAUAGAAAACUUGACAUUUGGAAAAGUAUGUGGGCACGAAAGCACAGAAUAAAUAACCCUUUCAAAAACAAGAAUUCAUCUGCUGCUUCAUUUUUGUCUGCUGAGAUGGAUUCCAAAUCAGGCACAAUAAUAAACUCACUUUCUUCUGACCUCAGUAUCUCUUUAGAAGGUUCUAUCAGUAGUGAUACUGAGGUGUCAACUGUCUUAAAUCCAUCUAUGACUGAUAAUUCUAAAGGAAAUGCAGAUUCUGUCAAAAAAUCAUGUGAAAAGAAACUGAAAACAGAAGAUGUUAUUUUACCAGAAAAGCAAGCAGAAAAAGUGUCAUUUAUAGAGCCAUCAAUCAAAGCUCCACAUUCUGUUCCAAGCCACACAUCUCCCAGAAAGCAAGGAGGUUCACCCAAUCAUGAAAAUCCCCUUAACUUGUCAGCUGAACUCCCCACAGUUGGAAAAAGAGAUGUAACCUCCUGCAAUCGACCAAAAUCUAAAUCAGCCCACUUAGAUGAGCAGUACUUAGCAAAAGAAAGGAAAAGUGUUUCUUACAUAUCCCUGGGAUCAAGAAACCAAGAAAUAGAUCCCCACACAUUAGUGAAAUGUGAACACUUUGAUAGCCAUAGUAAAAUUCAACCAUUCACUGUCUCACUCACUAGCAAUGCUCUGCUGUUGAUGGAUUUCCAUUGUCAUUUAACAAAAUCGGAAGUUGUUGGAUAUUUAGGUGGCAAAUGGGACUCGCACAAACAACAUCUAAGCGUGGAACAAGUGUUUCCAGUCAGAUGUAGGCUAGGCGAUAAAGAUAGAGCAUCUUUGGUUGAGGAAGAAAUUCGUAGAGGAAUGAAACAGAAGAACCAAAUGGUAGUAGGCUGGUAUCACAGUCAUCCAUACUGUCAGCCUGACCCAUCUAUCAGGGAUGUAGACUGUCAGAUGUCUUACCAGCUUAAAAUGAGAGGAUCAGGUUCCAUGUACCUACCUUGCAUUGGAUUUAUAGUUUCCCCAUUUGAAAAAUUUCCCCCAAAACCAGAUUCAAAGAUUCAAGCCUUUUGGGUCAUGCCUAAUCUUGAGCACCCAACAUCAUUUAACAUUCCAAUGUAUGUAUCUUAUGCCAUUAGACGAGAUUCAUCAUUAACUGAGGAUCUGUUAACUGAUAUGAAGCGUUUAACAGAGUUCUAUAGUGGAGCAUUGGAUAAAGUCCACCUUAAAGAACACUGGGGUGAAGCUAUUACUUAUAUGGAUAAGGUAAAGGCAUCACUGAGAAGUAAGCUACCAGAAGAUCAGCUUGAAAGUGGAACAUUUUUAGACUAUGUGCAGCAACUACUCAAAGCUAUGCGGUGAAAAUUAUUUGAAAUGGAAUUCUGUUCAUGGCAACACAAAAAAUUAUUUGCCAAAUUGGUGUAAAAAUGUAGUAAAGCAUAAUUUCAUGUUCUUAAUCUCAUUGUACCUAAAUGUUUGUUAUCAAAGCAAUUUUCAUAUAUACUAAAAAAGCGAAAGUGAUUUCCCCAUAACUUUCCCUAAAUUCUUAUGUAACAGUAAGGGGGAUGGCACUUCCAGUGCAAUAGAAAUAUUUUUUAUUUAAAUAGAAUAGAAUCUAGGGAUAAAAAAAUGUUGUGAGAAAUCAGAAAUACCGUUAACAACUACUUCCAGUCACCAGAAAUCACUAACAGAAUCAAGAUAAUUAGAUUUUAUACCUAUAUAUAAAAUUUCUUUCACCUAAAUGAAAUGGUACUUACUUUAUUGAUAUUUUAGAAACAAGAUAUAGAGUACCGCUUCUGGUUAUCAAAAGUAACUCAAAAAAUAAAAAGAUAAUCAAAGUAUAAGAUCUUAUAUAUGAAACCGUUCAAAAUUUUUAAAGUGUAUUUGAUGUAGUGUUUAAAAUGUGAAAUUUUGGCUACCAAACUUAAGCAGUGCUCUAACUAUUAGUUUUUGAGAAACCAGAAGUAGAGUUAGUUGAACUUCCGGUAACUGUAUAUCGCUCAAACAUUGAUACAGAACUGCAUAUUUGAUAUAUUACUUGUAUUUGUAUAUGUAAUUUCAUCAACGUUUGAACAAAUUGCAAAAUCAUGUUUUUCAUCAAGACUUGUCGAAAUCUAAAUUUAGAGUUUUUCCACUAUUAUAUUACUUUCUCUAUACUCAGUAUAUGAGGAAGUAAAAAUUGCUGUGACUUUUUCUUAAAAACAAAAACUUGCCUUUCUAAUUAAAAACUUGGUAGCUAAUAAAUGUUAGAGAUUUUGGUAACCAGCCACUUGAAUAUCUAAAGAAAGAUAACUUGCUUUAGAUGGUAGUGCUUAUUGCAGUCAGCAGAAGAUGACAUAAGCAACAUGAUUAUUUCGGUCUGUGGGUUAUCAAGGAAAUAUACUGUGCUUUUUAUCCUCGUGAUAAAUGGUGCAAAAAAUUGUAACAAUCAGUUGAAAUUGUUUAUAUUUGCUCUGAUUAAAAUCAUAAUUUUCUCAGAUUAAACCUAGCCAUAACCUUAAUUUAAAAGUUUCCCUUUCAAACCUGAUGGUCUAUGGGGCAAGUGAAGUAAAGUUCACUUGUUUCUGUGACCUCGGCAUAUGAAGAGAUAGUGUGGUUAGCACUAUGCCCAGCCACCUUUACUCUCCCUAACGUGAGUUAGGUACCCAUCAGAGUUGGGUGGACUCAGGGACGUUGUACUGACUUUAUCCCUGAUUCGAAACUCGAGACCUACGGAUUAGCAGUCCAGCUUUCUACUGCUAGACCACUCCGCCACCUAACCUUAAUGCAUUUAAUCCAUAAAAAACACAUUUCAACUUGGUUCUAAACCUGAAACCUUCUUGAUACUAUCAUGCAAACACUCUAAACAGGUUCCAAAAUAUAGUAUUAUAUAAUAGUAAUAGCAGUCAAACUUCCAUUUUUAAACAUGGUCACCCUUGACCAAUAUAAUGCAACACUAGUAAUCAUUACUCAAUUAUCAUGUAGAGUAAAAACAACUUACCCCAAACACUUAGAUUAAUUCUGUUAUCCCCCUUUUGAAUUUAGUAAUAUUUAAAUUAAUUUUUAAUACCAAAUUAGAUUGAAACUAAUAUUAAAUCUGUAUUUAAUUGAGUUUUAAGAAUAGAUUAGACCACAAAUUUACCCACAGAUGGACCUUGUGAGAUAAGCAGAAGCCAGUAAAAAAUGCUUUUACUUUUAGCUAGUCCUCCAUUACAUCCUGUUUUUAAGCCGUUUAUUAAUAUUAAUAACCCCUCCCAUUGUUACAUAAGCUCCUAUCUCCAUCAGUUCUGAUCAAUGAAUUUGGGCCUAUAUGCCUAGUCUUGGAUUUGGCAGCGUCAUAUUUUAAUAAUUGUAAUUUCCAUAUUUUGCAAAUACCUGUAUAAUAAAGAAUGCAUACAUAUUUGUAACGUAAAUUUUGUAUUACUAUUGAACUACAACUGUAAUUUGUUUGUGUAUAAUCUUUUAUAUUUAUUAAACAUACCUCAGUAAUUAUA